AUGGUGGAUCAGAACCAAGGUAAAAGAAAAUGGUUCUAAUUAUAAGGAUCGAAUGAAGAAGAUAGUAUAAUAGACGGUUAUAGUUACAGUUAGGAAUUUAGCACUGCGCACUUUUAUACUGAAGUAAACUGCCUAGAUAUACUAUUGUCAGAUCUGACAUAUAUGAAGGCUUUUUCGUAUCAGGUAUGGUGAACCAUAAUCAAAGUUGAUAAGAUAUGAGUAAAAUAGAUGGGUGUAAAACAGUAGGCAUGCAUAACGGAGAAUGUAUCAUUGAAGUCAGGAAUUUAGCACUGUGCUUUGUACUAUUAUACUGAGCCGUAAACUGCCAAGGUACACUUUUAUAAAAUGUAACAUAUAAAGAUUUUUCGUAUCGUAUGGUGAACCAUAAUCAAUUGACAAAGUUGAUGAGAUAUGGCGGUAAAAUAGAUAGGAGUAAAACAGUGGGAUAAAGGAUUAUGUAUCAUUGAAGUCAGGAAUUUAGCUCUGUAUCUUGCCCUUUUACACCGAAGCAAACUGUCAAACAAUUGAAAUAUCUAAAAUGUGAACGCGUUGACGUGUAAGUGACGAAAAUAAAGGUAUGUGAGACCAGUUGGGAAUAACUGAGAUUCGAAUACACAAUUUUGUACGCAAUACUAUUCGUUCCCUUACCCGCUAGCCUACAAUUAAUUUGGUUAUGCUCAUUCUACCAUACAAAAACAUAAUUAGACUGUUGUAUCAAAGAUAUCAGUUCGAUACACAUACUCUGAAUGUUUAUAAAAUGUAAUUCCUCAAGCUAUAAUUAGCAGAACAGUUUACUGUUAAAUAUAUUGAAAACAUUGAAAUACCUAAACAGUGCAACUGUUUCAAUACAAAUGAUCUCUAAUAUUAUAACUGUAUACAAAAUUUUUCUUUGUCUUUAAAUUUAUGCUAUAUAUACUGCAGUACUCGAAACUACUCGAAAGGUAAAAUGGUUUCCCCUCUAGACUCAAAGUCCGCCAGGUUUACUAGAUUAGUCAAUAGUCAUGGUAGGAAUGUAAGACACAACAUAAAAGUAGAUUUAUGAGCUUAAGAUGUGACCAUUACACACGAUAACAAACCAAGAUGAUACGUGUUCACGGCAUUGCCGCAAGGCUUGAUAUGAGCAAUACGUCAUUAGCGUGUAUAAAUUGUGGAAACAUUGAGUAUUUUAAUUAAAUACAAUACAAUAGUUACUCCGAAAACGGUAAACAUUUUGAAUAAACGCUUUUCAAAAUGUUUACCGUUUUUAGAGUUACCAUUGUAUUGAAUUUAGUGUAUAUUCUCCAUAAAUAAUUUCCGAUGUGUUAUGAAAAUUUCAAUACACAUGUCGUUUAAAUAUGGCGGAACAUUCAGUAAGGCGUAGCAAUAGCAUACGUCAUAGGCCACGUCCAUACUAACUCGUUUUCGUAGAGUUUUCGUCUUGUUCUCCGUUCACAUGACAAGAGAAUUGAGAACAAUGGUGGAAUUACUUGAACCAAUACGAAAACGCUACGAAAACGGAUUAAUGUGGACGUGGCCAUAGACUGUAGCUCGAUUUCUCGGAGAGCGAUCACGCAGGCAAGCAUAGCAACUGGUCAUUAGAUAUUCAUUUUCUUCCAAUUUCAGGCUAUUAGCAUACCAUUCUCAAUUGUCAUGAGUGGCCUCGCCACUAGAUGUUCAAAAAGCGUUACGCGGCAGCAGGCUUUUUCACAUUGGUUUGUCGUGUGGUCUGCCACCGCAAAUGUAUCGGUGCCUUUCAACUAGACCUAACCCUAACUAAUGUCUCGAAGGGUGGGAGGGUGGGAAUUACCACACUUGCGGCGAAAGAUGCUAUAUCGCGAGGCGCAUGCCCAUAUAAGGACAUAGGACCUCCAAGACUACUCCAUAUAAUGAAAAGAAUUGACAUUAUUUUCUCCCUCUGAUAACUGCAGGUUGACCAUCAUCUGCUGCACGAUACUGCUUAGUCUAACUCGUAACUAUUAUCCAUUUACAUUCCUAACCAUCCUUCAUUUCAGCGGCUACAAUAGCCACGAGUGUCCUACUUUCAAUAUGUGUGAUCCUAAUCAUCCUACUAGUGUACGCGCUCCGAGCUUACAGACGAAUAUCAGAACCCCGCUCCCCCCGGGAUACCAUAAAACAACCGAACUUUCCUCCGUUUAGUCCUGUCCACAAAUCCGUUCAACCAUUGUCAUCCAACAAAGGCCUAGAGGGUAAAUAUGAAUCAACAGAAAAACAUAGCUAUUCAAGAAAAUCUGGAAGAUGGUCUUUAGAUACAACACAAUAUGUGCCGAAUAUGGAUGAAUUCUAUCACAGUAACAUUUCAAGAUCAGUUACAAACUCACCAUCAAAACACCCAGAAUCUAACUUAGACUCUCCAAAACAUGGAUCAUUAAUGAAACAUAAAUUUUCAAAGUCAUCAGAAAAUUUAGAUAGGCUGGAGUCAUGUAAAAGGGAACAUCAUCAUCACUCGUUAAGCAAUUCAGUUUCAAUGGAUAAUCUCAACACUCCGUUCAGCUCUCCUCAGAUCCAAAGAAUCAAGACACAACACAAACGAACUUGGCGCAAUCGCUCUAGUCAGUCUAAAGAUCUGUCGCCACUUUUACGAGGUGUUUCCGAACUUCAUUCGAGAGGACACGGUGGUUCAGCGACUUCAUCAUCUUCGGAAAGUCUGGAUGUAUGUCAAAGUGAUGAGAAAAGUCACAUGGUAGGUUUUGAAAUAAAUAAAUAAAUAAACGAAUUCUGUGCAACAUCAGAUCACUUUAAACAACACUUCUGCAAGGUCUAACAAAGAUUAAUUCAGCAGUAAGUUUUGUUCAACAUCAGAUCAGUUUAGCCCAUUGCCCACGUGGAAGAACAUAUUAGUACUACCUCUGCAUGAUUUAACCAAUUCAGUCAACUGAGAGCGAAGACAUGAGAAACUUAACUCUACUCAUCACUACUGCCACGAGGAGGACACGUCCCCCCCAGUUCUCUUCAAGGUCAAUUUUCUAAUUUGUCCAAAUCCGGUGAGAAAAAUGUGGGGGGGGGGGGGUACGUUUGUGAAAAAUCAUGUGUUUUGUUUACUCUAUAAUCUUACCCUCAGAAUGCAGGAAAUCGUAUGUCAGGGACUCUAGAUUUCAAAAUUUUCCUGGGGAGCAUGCCUUCGGACCCCCUUAGAGGUCUCUUCCGCCUUUUAAUCCCCUGCUUUUAAUACCGUGGCGCCGCCACUGCUGUGUAUGAUGCAGUUUAUUGGAGAAUAGAACAAGCUCUGCAUGAGCUAACUACGCAUGCUGGACACAGCAGAGAGUUCUGCACAGUACAAUAGAUAAGCACACAGGUGUCACCCUUGCAUGAUUAAUGAAGUGUUUCUCUUAAUUGAGGAUGAUUCAGAGUUAAGUGAGCGUCCACCAAUGGGAGAAAUCUUGGUCUCUUUAUUCCACAACCCUUCAGAAGGAAAGUUGACGAUCACAAUCAAAAGUGCUGAAGGUCUUCAAGGAAUUUCGAAGACAGGAAAAAUUAGUAUGUUUUUGUUUGUAUUUUAAACAUUUUUGUCAAGAAAAAAUGGUGGAUGCUUUGCUGUUUUUGCUGUUGUUGUUGUUGUUGUUGUUGUUGUUGUUGUUGUUACUGUUGCUGUUGCUGUUGUUGCUGUUGCUGUUGCUGUUGUUGUUGUUGUUGUUGUUGUUGUUGUUGUUGUUGUUGGUGUUGGUGUUGUUGUUGUUGUUGUUGUUGUUGUUGUUGUUGUUGUUGUUGUUGUUGUUGUUGUUGUUAUGAUGAUGAUGAAGAUGACAAUGAUGAUGGUUGCUGUUGCUGUUGUUGUUGUUGUUGUUGUUGUUGUUGUUGUUGUUGUUGUUAUUGUUGUUGUGAUGAUGAUGAUGAUGAAGAUAACAAUGAUGAUGGUUGUUGUUGUUGUUGUUGUUGUUGCCAUGUAUGGUAACGUUAAGCAUUUCAUUUCUUUUCCAGAUCCUUUCAUAAAAAUCAGAGUUUACGAUGGAGGUGAACGAAAAUACAGCAAGAGAACAACGAUCAAACGUGACACAACUUCGCCAAAUUUCGAAGAAUCAUUCGACUUUGUUGUAACGAGAAACAAAAUGCCUGAAACAAGUGUUAUUUUACGAUUAUAUCACCAUGGCCACUGUGCUGGUGUCCUAAGUAAAGAUAUUCUACUUGGGGUUGUAUUUUUGGGCUAUCAGUUCGAGUUAGUUGGGCCAAAUCCAUUUUUGUUAGACGAUGGUGCAAGACACUGGGCUAGUAUUAUAGAGAAACCUCAUUUAACUAUUGAAGAAUGGCAUCCCAUCCAAGCAUGUUCUAGUUCAGGGAAAUAAAUGUGAUAUUGGGAAUAAUUUUAGAAUUAUAAACGUGAUAUUGGGAAUAAUUUUAGAAUUGUUAUGCGUCUAUUGAGCUAACAUAUUUUGAUGAAUUUGUAUUUUUAUCAUUACUAAAUCCUUACUGUAGAGAAAUAUAUUCAACAAUAGCUGGUCUUAGCACGAUGUAAAUCUAAUGAUUAAAUAAUUAGAAAACAGUUUGAGAUCGGGUCGCUUUCACUAGUUUCGCACAAUAAGAGGACAAGUUAAGUUCUCAAUUGGGGAGGCCAUAUGUUGACAAUCUGUGCCUAAACACGUGGUAAAAUGAGCCGUCUUUCUUUGACUUGAAAUCACUAAAACAGAACUCAUUCCGUUGCUCUAAAAAACUAAACAAACUGUCUAGAACAAUCUACUUGAAGUUUUCAACUAGCCACAUGAUCGAGUAGCCAUAUGUACAUGAUCAAAAAUGACCGGCAUGCACUUCCAGCUGCGUUAUUUUUACAUACAAUUGCCGGAGAUGGAAAUGUUGUGAGGCGGCCAGGAAGCACAGGUUGGCUUCUCUACAUUGCUUUAUCACAAUGGUGCCUGUAUGAAAUAUCCUUUUAUGAGCAUAUCAGUAUAUGAAUAUUAUAUGAAUAUUAUAUGAUUUCAAUAUAUAGGAAGAAACGACUUCCGGGAAAUGCGAAACUGUGAUUGGCCAAAAUGCUCCUUCACCGGAUAAUGCCUUUACAUGGUCACUAGCCCAUGGCAUAGCAGAAACUGCUUGUAAUUCAACAAUCCAGUUAACUGAGAAAAAUACAGUGAGGGCCUGUGAGGAGAGACUACAGAUCACAGCCUGCAUAGAUAUGCGCCAGCCUAAGUGAGCGAAGAGAGUCAUUAAUGCAUUGUCAACAUGGAGGUACUUGUAAAUUAAAAUUAAUGCGAAGUACUUCUAAAUUAAAAUUAAUGCGAAGUACUUCUCGAUUUCCUUUCUCUGCCGUUCCCUUUUCUUCCAAAGAACUAAAGAAGCCGAAAUCCAGCCCAGCGAAUGACGAAAUCACUCUUCCGCCAACACACUUCAGAGCACAAACCGCACACCGAUAAAAUCUAAUCCCAUUUUCCAAGAGCAAAUAUCGAAGAAUCCCAAUUCACAUUUCGCAAUCCAAAGCCCAAACACAAUCAUCAAUCCAAUGUUUUUUCGCUAGUCGUGAAAUAAACUGGCAUAAAGUGAGUUAAUCUCCACCGUGUUAAAUCUGUUUACGAGCUAGGAAACUCAUUGGCCUGUAACUCCGGUUUCUCUAGUGCUCAGCUAUAUCCACCAUACUUCAACAGUUUGAAGUCAAUUACUCCGCCUUGACAGGACACAGUCAUUGCAGGUUAGCUGAGCUCUCAGCAUAACGCUGUUAUAAAAAGAAGCACCCUUGGAUUUCCAUCUUUUAAGAACAUGAGUCCUGUACAACAUCACGUGACUUUAGGGUCUACCUUUGCAUGAUCUAACCAUGCUUAAUUCAGCAGUGAGUUCUCCAAUUGUUUUGUUUUAUGGAAAACCACAUUCACUUAUUUGGCAGGCUUUCGAAUUCGUAUGACGUAUCCCCUCGAUCGUGGAGUGAUGAAGAUCGGUCCUGGCUUACGGAUCGAAAGCUUUUCAAUGUAGUCAUAAUUUUAACACAGAAAUUUACAUAAAUCGUCGGUUAAAAUUUGCUUUCUUUGCCUAAUGCACAAUAUACUCAAUUACAAUUUAUUUAAAAAAAACGAUCUUGCAGCAAAAUAAGAGGCUGAAUUACAACGGUUAAAUUUUACAAAAGAAAAGUUUAAGUUAAUUAUACUAUCUAUUACUCGGACUAAAAAUACUAAACAUAAUAAAAAUAAUUGUAACUUUAAGUUAAUGGGACUGUCUAUUUCAAUUAAUAAUACUAUCUAUUAAUGUAUUUAAGAAUAUAUAAUUACAGUUAAAAUUAACAGUUAUUUUCGAAAUAUAUAAAAUCCUCAGUGACUAUUGCUUUCAUUAUUAGAACUAGCAGCAAUUAAAAAGACUUUUUAAAUCGUUCAGUCUUGCAUUUAGGAAUUAUAAAAGUUCUCGAAGUUCUCAACCAUCAGUGGCUUUGGCAACAUUGUGGACUAUGCUAAUAAGAGCUUCCGUGGUAGAUGAUUUCGGCACCGUUCCACAUUGGUUAGGAUCCACCACUUUGAGAAUCGCCGGUUUAAUGAACUGUUCAACUACCACUUCCUCGGCUAGUUUUGAGACUAUUGGUGUUAACGAAACGGGCCUUAAAUCCUUGUUUACAGUUCGUACAGGCUUCUGUUUUGGAAUGGGAAUUACAUCUGCCAACUUCCAAGCAGCGGGUAAACGAUUUUCGAGAUAAGAAGAAUUGAGAAUCUUGCACACGGGACUUGCUAGUACAUCGGUAUUCUCUUUGAGAAGCCAACCAGGAAUAGUGUCUGGGCCAUGAGCCUUCGUGGUACUAUACUGGAUAAUUUCUCAAAAAUAUACGAUUCUGUGGUGGUAAUUGUAGAUGGUAAUUGGUUACUAGUGCCGGACACGUUUAAGGCUUGGGAGUGGUCAGAAUUUAGAGUUUGGAACGUGUUCAUUGGUUCUAGGAAGGUUUGAUUUAUGGUAUCCACCAAGUGUGAAAGAGAUGCGUUGCCUUCGUUGGUUUCAUUAGUUUCAUCACCAGUGGAUGACAGGCUUUGAAGAUGUCGGAGAUCAUACUUGUGGUUGACUGGAUCCAUUCCACACAGGUACUUAACAGAUUUCCACCACUGUUUGGGAUCAGAGACUUUAAGUUGACUGACUUUUGAGUCAUAGUAUUUACUCCGGCAUUGUUUUCGUUCCCUAUUGACGCGGUUACGAAGACUUUUAAAUAACUGGUCAUGUCCUAUCGCUAAUGCUUUUUGACGUUGCUGAAUUAAGGAUUUCAAAUGUUGGGUCAUCCAUGGUGGGUCAUCGAGCCGUUUCUUUAUAAUUCUUGUGGGAAGGAGAAUGUCCAUCCCAAACCGAAUAAUUGAUUCAAAGGCAGACCAUUUUUCGUCACAUGACGAAAGGGAAUCAAGGAUUGACCAGUCAAAUUCAGUAAUGAAGGCGCAGAUAGCUGCUUUGUUUCUCGGGUGUUGAGUGCGAACUUGAGAAAUAUCAUAUUUUGUUCUUCCUGCGACCUUGUGUUUAGGGGUCGAAAGGAUAGUAAAAUGGUCGGAGAGACCAAAAGGUGGAAGUUUAACUGGCAGUAGGUAAAAGUGACCGUGUCGCGCUUUUUGUGUAAAACUCAAUGACUAAUCUCCCGAUUAUGUAAAUAAUGACGUUAGAACAUGAAAAAACAUGAACAAACCAGGAUAUACUCAUAUGCAAUCAGAAGUGUGUCCUUAUUUCUGUCAACGAACUGAUCAAAUAUACUCUUCAAAUAUCUGACAUGUAGACGCCGAGCUUUGUGUUAUGGUGGAUCAGAACCAAGGUAAGAGAAAAUGGUUCUAAUUAUAAGGAUCGAAUGAAGAAGAUAGUAUAACUUAUAAAAUAGAUAGAGUAAAACAGUAGGAUAAAGGAGAAUGUAUCAUUGAAGUCAGGAAUUUAGCACUGCGAUUUGUACUAUUGGGCUUUGUACUAUUAUACUGAGGUAAACUGCCAAGGUACACUUUUAUAAAAUCUAACAUAUAGAGCCGGAUUUUUUGUAUUGUAUGGUGAACCAUAAUCAAUUGACAAAGUUGAUGAGAUAUGGCGGUGAAAUAGCUAGGAGUAAAACAGUGGAAUAAAGGAUUAUGUAUCAUGAGGUCAGGAAUUUUGCUCUGCAUCUUGCCCUUUUACACCGAGGCAAACUGUCGAACAAUUGAAAUAUCUAAAAUGUGACUACGCGUUUAUGGCGUCAUAUCACCGCCAAUAUUCAUGUAUAUCAUGCUUUCGACAUUGUAAAAUAGUACAUUCAGCACCUACGUGCUUUCGACAUUGAAGAUAAAUCUGACAUUGAACAUGGAGAACAUUCAACAUAUUUUCGACAUUGAGUAAAACUGGACAUUCAGCACCUAUACGUGCUUUCGACAUUGAAGAUAAAUCUGACAUUGAACAUGCAGAACAUUCAACAUAUUUUGAACGUUGAAGUUGCGCUGGGUGCUAAAUUCGCGGCAUGUUCAAUGUCCGGUUUAACUUAAAUGUCAGAAACACAUGGGUGUUCAAUGUCAGAUUUAACUUCAAUGUCGAAAGCACGUAGGGGUUGAAUGUUCUGCAUGUUCGAUGUCCAGUUUAACUUCAAUGUCAGAAACACAUGGGUGUUCAAUGUCAGAUUUAACUUCAAUGUCGAUCGCAUGUGGUUCCACGCGCCACUCAAAAUUUCCCAGCCAGUGCCUUCGCUGAAAUGUCAUAGCAAAAGAUAGGGAAAACGCCGUUCGAAAGGUGAAAAUCGCUUUUUAAAAAAAUGAGAUACCCAUGGAAAUUUUGUUCAAUAAAUUAUUGUAGAAUAACGGUAAGCGAUCACUUUUAUUGAUUUCUUUUUAUUAAAAGUGUUAACAUAACAUUUUAUUUUGCAAAAGUUUGUUUUUUUCCCUAUCUACUCCUUAUUAAAAUCGUGAAAUGCACUGGCUGGGAAUUUCAGAUGCUCAUGUAUAAAUAACAAAGCAGCAAAUGAUAUAAAUUCCUCAAAAUAUAACUCUCGCAUAAAAAAUGAAUACUUGCGGCAAAAGAUGCCAUAUCGCGAGGCGAAUGCCCAUAUAAGGACAUAGGACCUCCAAAACUACCAUAUAGAAUGAAAAAAAUUGACAUUAUUUUCUCCCUCUGAUAACUGCAGGUUGACCAUCAUCUGCUGCACGAUGGUGCUUAGUCUAACUCGUAAUUAUUAUCCAUUUACAUCCCUAACCAUCCUUCAUUUCAGCGGCUUUAAUAGCCACCAGUGUCCUACUUUCAACAUGUGUGAUCAUAAUCAUCCUACUAGUGUACGUGCUCCGAGCUUACAGACGAAUAUCAGAACCCCGCUCCCCCCGGGAUACCAUAAAACAACCGAACUUUCCUCCGUUUAGUCCUGUCCACAAACCCGUUCAACCAUUGUCAUCCAACAAAGGCCUAGAGGGUAAAUAUGAAUCAACAGAAAAACAUAGCUAUUCAAGAGAAUCUGGAAUAUGGUCUUUAGAUCCAACACAAUAUGUGCCGAAUAUGGAUGAAUUCUAUCACAGUAACAUUCCAAGCUCAGUUACAAACUCGCCAUCAAAACACCCAGAAUCUAACCUAGACUCUCCAAAACACGGAUCAUUAAUGAAACAUAAAUUUUCAAAGUCAUCAGAAAAUUUAGAUAUGUUGGAGUCAUGUAAAAGAGAACAUCAUCAGCACCCGUUAACCAAUUCAGUUUCAAUGGAUAAUCUCAACACUCCGUCCAGCUCUCCUCAGAUCCAAAGAAUCGAGAAACAACACAAACGAACUUGGCGCAAUCGCUACAGUCAAUCUACAGAUCUGUCGCCACUUUUACGAGGUGUUUCCGAACUUCAUUCGAGAGGACACGGUGGUUCAGCGACUUCAUCAUCUUUGGAAAGUCUGGAUGUAUGUCAAAGUGAUGAAAAAAGUCACAUGGUAGGUUUUGAAAUAAGUAAAUAAACAAAUUCUGUGCAACAUCAGAUCACUUUAAACUAGCUCACAUUCACUACUUCUGCAAGGUCUAACAAAGAUUAAUUCAGCAGUAAGUUCUGUUCAACAUCAGAUCAGUUUAGGAUUGCCUACGUAGAAGAACAUGUUAGUACUACCUCUGCAUGAUUUAACCAAUUCAGUCAACUGAGAGCGAAGACAUGAGAAACUUAACUCUAUUCAUCACUACUGCCACGGGGAGGACCCGUCUCCCCCAGUUCUCUUCAAGGUCAAUUUUUCUAAUUUGUCCAAAUCGGGUGAGAAAAAUGAGGGGGGUACGUUUGUGAAAAAUCAUGUGUUUUGUUUACUCUAUAAUCUUACCCUCAGAAUGCAGGAAAUCGUAUGUCAGGGACUCUAGAUUUCAAAAUUUUCCGGGUGAGCCAUGCCUCCGGACCCCCUUAGAGGUGUCUUCCGCCUUUUAAUCCCCUGCUUUUAAUACCGUGGCGCCGCCACUGAUGUGUAUGAUGCAGUUUAUUGGAGAAUAGAACAAGCUCUGUAUGAGCUAACCACUCAUGCUGGACACAGCAGAGAGUUCUGCACAGUACAAUAGAUAAGCACACAGGUGUCACCCUUGCAUGAUUAAUGAACUGUUUCUCUUAAUUCAGGAUGAUUCAGAGUUAAGUGAGUGUCCACCAAUGGGAGAAAUCUUGGUCUCUUUAUUCCACAACCCUUCAGAAGGAAAGUUGACGAUCACAAUCAAAAGUGCUGAAGGUCUUCAAGGAAUUUCGAAGACAGGAAAAAUUAGUAUGUUUUUGUUUGUAUUUUGAACAUUUUUGUUAAGAAAAAAAUGGUGGAUGCUUUGCUGUUUUUGCUGUUGUUGUUGUUGUUGUUGUUGUUGUUGUUGUUGUUGUUGUUGUUGUUGUUGUUGUUGUUGUUGUUGUGGUGGUGGUGGUGGUGAUGAUGAAAAUGACAAUGAUGAUGGUUGUUGUUGCUGUUGUUGUUGUUGUUGUUGUUGUUGUUGUUGUUGUUGUUGUUGUUGUUGUUGUUGUUGUUGUUGUUGUUGUUGUUGUUGUUGUUGUGAUGAAGAUGAUGAAGAUGACAAUGAUGAUGGCUGUUGUUGUUGUUGUUGCCAUGUAUGGUAACGUUAAGCAUUUCAUUUCCUUUCCAGAUCCUUUCAUAAAAAUCAGAGUUUACGAUGGAGGUGAACGAAAAUACAGCAAGAGAACAACGAUCAAACAUGCCACAACUUCGCCAAAAUUUGACGAAUCAUUCGACUUUGUUGUCACGAGAAAUAAAAUGCCUGAAACAAGUGUUAUUUUACGAUUAUAUCACCAUGGCCACCGUGCUGGUGUCCUAAGUAAAGAUAUUCUACUUGGGGUUGUAUUUUUGGGCUAUCAGUUCGAGUUAGUUGGGCCAAAUCCAUUUUUGUUAGACGAUGGUGCAAGACACUGGGCUAGUAUUAUAGAGAAACCUCAUUUAACUAUUGAAGAAUGGCAUCCCAUCCAAGCAUGUUCUAGUUCAGAGAAAUAAAUGUGAUAUUGGGAAUAAUUUUAGAAUUGUUGUGCAUCUAUUGAGCUAACAUAUUUUGAUGAAUUUGUAUUUUUAUCAUUACUAGAUCCUUACUGUAGAAAUCCAUUCAACAAUAGCUGGUCUUAGCACGAUGUAAAUCUAAUGAUUAAAUAAUUACAAAACGG